AUGAAAUCAGCAAGCAUUCUAUUGAUACCAAUCGUGUUUCUGUCAACAAUAGUGUUGGCAGCAGGGGACAGUAAUGAGACGCCGCACUCAAAAGCAUUUGAAACAGUGCAGCCAGCGCAGAACCGCCGUUAUGAUUACAAGCAAUCCAUGAAGAAACCAUUCAUGUACAAUGGAGCCAUUCCAUUCUGGGAACAUCAUGGCAAUUCGUUUGUCGCUCUGGAGUUUGUUCGUUUGGCACCAUCUGUGCCAGGAUUACACGGUUCAGUGUGGAGAUCUACGCCAAAUGAACAUAAGGAGUGGGAGGUUGAAUUUUCGUUCAAAGCCCAUGGACAGCAUUCUCAAGGUGGUCGAGGAUUAGCAUUCUGGUACACACAGGACUAUGCGACUGAAGGGUCCAUCUUUGGAAACAAGGACAAAUGGAAGGGAAUAGGCAUUUUUUUGGAUACGAACGAUGUAGCCAAUCAGAGAUUGACCCCAGUGGUCUAUGGAUUGUUGAACGAUGGUACUAAGGCUUUCCCAAGCAGACCCAUUGCCAACAGUAUCGGAGGAUGUUUCCGUGAUUACAAAAACUCACCGGGGCCAGUGGUCGUACGUGUCUCAUACGUGGGCAAAAAACUUCGGGUAGCACUCGACUCAUUUGGAAGAGGUACAAGGAUGAUUGAUUGCUUUGAGGUGGAAGAUGUCGACCUUCCAACCGGAUAUCAUUUCGGUUUCUCGUCAUCAGAGUCUGGAGCAUCGGAUGAUCACGAUCUUUACUCAUUUGAAGUAUAUGAAGUCAAUCCUGCACCGAAGACCGAGAAAUACUUGAGACCUCAUGAAGCUGAGGUGAUCAAGAAAUCGGGUGAGAUCAAGAUUGACGAAGAGGAUAAGAGAAUUUUUGAAGAUGCUCAAGUUGCAGCAGCUGUGUCGGAUACUCAAUUCAGGAUCAUCGAAUCACUCAACAGUAUCCACAACAAGCUCGAAUCACUUGGCGCGCCAGUUCAGCCUCCUGAGUCGACGACCAAGAAUCUAGCAGAAAUCAAUGCGAAGAUUCAGGCCAUGACCUCCUCUUUACAUACGAUGGAGGGUGUUGUUGAGGGCCUAGUCAAGCAUGUCAUGUCGCAAGGUGGAGUGUCAACUGUGCCUGAUAUUACGAAGGUUCUUAAAGAUGAACUCAAAAACCUCAAUGCUAAGAUGGAGGACAUUGACGUAAGUGUAGCUCUAUCACUUAUUCGCCCUUUUAUAUAUAUAUAUAAGACGGCACUCACAUUGGCAAUGCUUUGUAUUCACGAUGUGCAUUUAAUAGUAUCGUCAAUCAUAUAA